AUGACGCCAGACGUGAGGUCACCGUCCUCCCGGUCGUUCGACAUCCGGCGUCGCAGGAAGUUACGUAGCGACAUUUGCAAGUCGUUGCGCAACCUGCUAGCCUUCCUCAUUGGCCUCCUGCUAGCGUCCAUCUACGGCAUUACGCUGCUUGUCCUCAAGGGGGCGCCACUGUGGACGUGCGUAUACAGCACGCUAGCUGUGGCGAGCUUGGCGGCCUUCGGGAUGGGAACGUCAAUCCGCAUGCGCGCCGCCGUCAUGAUCAUGUUACCGUCGCUGUUUUCGUCGAACGGCCGCAACUUCCUGUUGCUGGUGAGCACCGCCGUUCUCAUGUCAGGCCCAGUGGCCAACAUGUUGGAGAAUUCUGAGCGAGCCGCUUCCAGCCUGAUGUGCGGCGCUGAGCUGGCAGCCAAUCAAACGCGACAGCUGAUGAGGAACGCGGCCGCGCCCCUCCUGGCCGCCUUGGAUGACAUCAAACAGAUCGGGAGGAACGCCGCAGCCAUGGCGAACAGAGUCGACAAGCUGUUCAGCGCAAUAAGCGACGGCAUCCGCCAUGUUGCACGCACUCUGAGGAAUGUUCUUCACUUCCUGGAGAACAUUGGCAAUGUGUGCAACGAAAAAAUGGGGACUCCUGCCAAGAAGUGCCGCAACAUCUUCGAGCAGGCCAAGGCCGACUGCGAGUCCAAGCUGGGGGAAAUGAAAAUCCUCUGCGAGAUUGUCAGCCUGGUCAAGGGGCUUUGCAAUAUCGCCGAUGUUGCUACGAUGUUCUGCGUUAUCCCAGAGUACAUUUCCACCAAGCUAAAAGAGCAUCUAGCUGAGCCCGCCAUCUCCGCUUUCCGGAAAAUGAAAAGCCACUUUGAAUUCAAACUGUCGGUGUCAGCCAACUUUGAGGCAGAGGUUAACAUCAGCCGUUCGCUACACAAGACCGGUCAGGUCAUCCUGGAAGAGCUGACCCGAGACUUCAAAGUUAUCAACGAGCUCAGAAAGCCGCUCGUGUGGGUGGGGCUUCUGCUCCUUGCCUGCUCCCUCAUCAGGGCGUUCCGGUACCAGCACAAGUACUUGACGCGCUUGAAUUUUGACAACAUAUACAUCAGCGCUCAGUUUUUAGAACUGGACCGUCGGGUGACCUCACAGGGUGGGGAUUCCGUUCUGCCAAUCACACGCAGAGAAUCACGGCUGUACAUUAAACCACAUUCUCUGCAGCUGACGAGUAAAGAGUCUCGGGCAGCGCUGGUGGGCGUGGCUUGGGUGCUCAGACACGCUUUGAUGUCGGCAGUUCUGAUGUCUGUGGACUACCUGGUCUUCUGGCUUCUGGAUCAGGUGCAUCACUUGGUCAGGGAUGGCGUCAGUGCCCGAGCCCCUGUAACAGUGUCGGUCCAAGUGAAGGGGUUGGGCUACUUGGCCGACAUCAUGCGAGACCUAGCGGCGUCCUUCAACAUCCUGCAGGCGGGAAACGUCACGGUGGUCAGCAAGAAGUGUCUGUUCACGCCAUCGGAACCUGACCACGACGCCAAUUUCACUUUAGGAUUCCUGCUGGGCGUGACCUUGGUGGUGACGCUCGCCAGAGGGAUGUUGCUGCGAUCGCGUCGCCUCAUCUGUGCGUACUUCUACCCCGAAACUGAAAAGGCUCGUAUCCGCUUCCUUCACCAGCAGAUCCUGGAUGAGCGGCGGGCUGCGGGAAGAGCUGUGGUGAGGGCGACAGCCAAGAAACCGCUUGUUAGAGCCAAGCUGUGCCGUUGUCUUCAGGCCCUUUUGCGAAGGCUACCAAUGGGUGGGGAAAUUUGCCUGGCCUGCGGUGAAUGGGCGGGGUUUGCAGCCUUCAUCUGUGAUGUCCAGCGGUGUCCAGGUGUGUUUUGUAGGUCGUGUUUCAAAAGUGUGGGGAGGAAGUGUGACGUGUGUGCACGACCGGCGUCUUUCCAGUUGGACAGUCAGGAGGAGAUCGACUCGAGCGAGGAUGAAUUUCAGGAUACAGUGUUGAACAUGUUUGCGGGGCCCUCGCGGCAUUCCUCGCCUGAAAGCGUCCACGAGAAAAGUGACAACCACUGA